AUGCCUAGCACAAAAAGAUCAUCAUCUAUUGAAAAAGCCCAUCAAGACUCUAAAAAGAAAGUGAAACUAGAUUACCUAAAUCUCAAACCAUCACAAACUUUAUAUGUCAAAAAUCUCAAUAACAAGAUCAAUAAAAAAGUUUUACUACAUAACUUGUACUUACUAUUUUCUGCAUUUGGAGAUAUAAUUUCUAUAAAUCUACACAAUGGUUACGCCUUUAUAAUAUUUACUAACUUGAACCUGGCAACAUUGGCUUUAAGAAAUUUGAAAAACCAAGAUUUUUUUGAUAAACCACUUGUUCUAAAUUAUUCUGUCAAAGAAUCUAAAGUUAUUUCCCAUGAGAAAGAAAAAUCACAAGACGAUGAAGAAGAAGAAGUAAUGCCACUGUACGAAUAA